CAUUUCCUGGUGAAAAUGGAAGAAUCUAAGGAAAAUAGCAUACACCAUAUGACUGAAAAGAUUUGUGAAGAAAUGAAAAAUGCUCCUUUUUAUCCAGAAUUUUAUAGUAAUCUUCAGAAAUUGGUAGCCUCGCCUACUGUUAAGUACGAAAAUUUCAAGGAAACUCUACUGAAGUCGAUGAAAAUGAACGGUCUCGAAUCGGAGAUUAAAAACAACAUCUACCACUGGCUGAAGUACAAGAAGAGGGAGGUACUAUCCCCCUAUGAUGCCUUUUUUAGGAAAUCACAGAUCCACUGGGACCGCAGGAUUCACAAGUCCUUAAACUCUAUGAGUAAUGAACUGGGUAUAAGUCUGGUGAAAUUGAGGACCCAGACUGACAUGGACGAACUCUUGAAUAAGUGGAACGAAUUGAGUAACUACGAGGUGAAUAUUUCGAAAUACAGGCCUGUAUAUGCCCCGAAAGAUUUUCUAGAGGUUCUGCUGAAUUUGAAAGGUCCAGUUUCAAAUACAUUUGAGACAUUAGAGGAGUAUUGGGAAUUUGCUCAGAUUCCAUUGAAUGUGAAAAACUUGGAGGAAUUGAGAAAUGUUUUUGUUGAGUUGGCCAGAGGGGAUCCCAUUUUAGGGGUGAACUUCCCUCUGAAUUCUAUCAGCAACUACGCGUCUUUCGAAAUGGAGAGGAUCCUGAUAGGAGAGAAGGUUCUGGAGAAAAACUACGCCCCUGUUGCUCAAGAGUACCUGAAAAAAGGGUGCCCCCGAUGCCUGAGGGAUAAAAUUUGGGCACUCAUUUUGGGUUCCGAAGUGAAGCAACCUCAAAAAGAAUAUUUUCAAAAAUUGAAGGAUCACGUGUUGGAAUACGACCUGAUGAUCGAUAAACUGAUCAUAAAGGACAUCAAUUUGACUGCCUCCAAUGAUGAUCAAUAUUUCGUUUUUGAGGACGUCCUUUAUCAGGUUAUGUUAUGCUUCUCGCGAGAUGGCGAAAUACUCAAAGACCUUCCUACACAACCAGGUUUCAUGCAAGUCGUGAUCAAAGGGAGACAAAACACUGCCGAGAACACGUUGAUUUUUCCACCGAGUGGAGUCAUCCCAUUUCACGGUUUCACCAUGUACGCUGCUCCAUUCUGCUACCUCUACGAGGACCCCGUACAACUCUACUUCACGUUUCGAGCCUUCUACUUGAGGUUUUGGCAUCGUCUUCACAGGGUUUGCGGUCAUCCCCAAGGAAUAGUAUCCUUGUGUCUUCAGUUUGAAAGGAUGCUGCAAUGCUACGAACCCAAUCUAUGGCAUCAUUUCAAGAAAUGCCACAUUCAUCCUUUGAGGAUCGUCAUUAAAUGGAUUAUGAGGGCUUUCAGUGGACAUUUGAACCCUGAACAACUCCUGACUUUAUGGGACAUAAUACUGGCUUACGACUCCAUGGAAAUUAUACCCAUGCUGGCUGUUGUUAUAUUGAUUUUUCGCAAGGAGAAUCUUUAUAAAGUCACGACAUUGCAGAAUUUGGAGGCUGUUUUAGCUGAUCUGUCCUCGAUUGCAGUUAUACCAUUGCUACAAAUCGCGUUUUCGAAAGAAUAUCAAUGAGUUGUAUAAAUAAAGAUUAUUUUACGACUCUUA